AUGGCAAAGUCAAGAUUUGAAUACGUAAGGCAAUUUGAAGUGCAUGAUGCGUUGCUUCCGGAUACAUACAUAGUGGUAAGAGUUGAUGGGAAGAAAUUCCAUGAAUUCUCAAAAUACUAUAAUUUCGCUAAACCAAAUGAUGAGAGGGCAUUGAAACUAAUGAACGCUGCUGCUAAAAAUGUGUUCAUGCAGUAUAAACAAGAAAUGAUUUGUGCGUAUGGUGAAAGCGAUGAAUACUCAUUCAUUUUGAAGAGAGAUACAAAACUUUUUAAUAGAAGACGUGAUAAGAUCAGUACCCUGUUCGUAUCGUUGUUCACAGCUAAUUAUGUCUCUCUUUGGAACCUAUUUUUCCCCGAUGUCGUCCUACAUCAUAAACAUUUGCCAUACUUUGAUUCCCGUUGUGUUUGUUAUCCAAACCUCACUGUGGUAAAAGAUUAUCUUUCGUGGAGAUUUGUUGAUACACAUAUCAAUAACUUGUACAAUACAGUCUUCUGGUACUUGAUCAUAAAGUGCGGUCUAACACCUCAAGAAUCAGAACAAAAGCUUUGUGGAACGUUGUCCAGUGAUAAGCAGGAAAUUUUGUUCUCAGAAUGUGGGAUUAACUAUAAUAACGAACCAGAGAUGUAUAAGAAGGGUUCCUUAGUAAACUCUAAAGGUGAAAUAGUGCACAUCGAUGUGGUGAAACAAAUUGAUGAAAUUUUUAAUGGGUUUUAA